AUGCACAGAAAAUCAAGAAAACAUCUUGAGUCUGAGAAAAAAUAUAACACUGGGUCCCAGCAAAAAAUUACUGAGUUUUUGACGACUAAUAUUUCAAAGAAAAGAAAAGUCGCAGAAUUGAAAGUAGGUGCUUUUAUUGCGGAGCAUUGUUCCACAACAACGGCAGAUCAUUUAAGUGAAUUACUUAAUAGUCUAGAUGAUAAUUCCGAAUUACUCAAGGGAGUAAAACUUCAUCGAACGAAAUGUACAGCCUUAAUCUUAAAUGUUAUUAGUCCAUGCUGGUUGGAAGAUCUAAUCCUUGAUGUUGGAAAUGAAAAAUAUUCUCUGAUAAUUGAUGAAAACACAGCCAUCGACUGUACCAAAAUGAUGUGUCUUGUGAUUAAAUAUUAUAGCAAACUCAAAAGAAAAAUAACGACCUUUUACAGAUUGAAAUUACCGCAGGAGAUGCUUUGA